AUGCUUGAAUUCCGGACCCAGGGCUUCAACGGCUACUCUGUCAAAUACAGCCCAUUCUUCGAUUCGCGCAUAGCCGUCGCAGCAUCCGCAAACUUUGGUCUCGUCGGCAACGGGCGAUUAUAUAUUCUCGGUCUCACGGCAAACGGCAUCGUUGCAGAGAAAUGGUUCGACACACAAGACUCCCUCUUCGACAGCACAUGGUCUGAAGCACACGAAUCCCAGCUCCUCACCGCCGGCGGCGACGGCUCGGUAAAACUCUUCGACAUCAACGUGCCCACGUACCCCAUCGCCUCGUGGCAAGAACACGCGCGCGAAGUCUUCGCCGUGCACUGGAAUCUCGUCGCAAAAGACACGUUCCUGUCGUCGUCCUGGGACGGCACAAUCAAGAUCUGGAACCCUAAUUCCAAUGCCAGUCUAACAACAUUACCCACUCACUCGUGCACGUAUUCUGCGAGUUUUAGUCCGCACAGUCCUAGUGUAUUGAGUAGUGUGAGCUCGGAUAGUCAUCUUAGGGUGUUUGAUUUACGGACCCCGGCGAGUGCGAGUAAUCAUUUGACUAUGAGUGUGCCGAUUCAUACACCGCCAAAGGCGAGGAUGGGUGCCGCGGCGCCCGUGGGGAUUGCGCCCGCUGAGGCGCUAACGCAUGAUUGGAAUAAAUAUCGCGAUACUAUUGUUGCGACGGCGGGUGUGGAUCGCGUUAUUCGGACGUUUGAUAUUCGAAUGCCGCAGCAGGGGCCGGUUGCUGUGCUGCCGGGGCAUGAGUAUGCCGUCAGGAAAAUUAGCUGGAGUCCGCACCUUUCGGAUAUCUUGCUAAGUGCCAGUUACGAUAUGACGUGCCGUGUGUGGACCGACGGUAGUGCCAUGGGCGUGGGCAGUGUGAAGCAGGAGAAUAUGCUCGAGGAUCCCAUGUUUUAUGGGGGUGGACGGGAGAUGGGGAGCAUGGGGAGGCAUACUGAGUUCGUGACGGGCGUGGAUUGGUGUCUUUUUGGAGCUGAAGGUUGGUGUGCCAGUACGGGCUGGGACGAGCGGGUUAUGGUGUGGGACUGUAGGGCAGUCAUGCAAUGA